AGACAAUCAACUAAAGCCUUUUCAACAAUCCCAGCUAUUAUUGUCAUAAUGAAGGUCACUACUGUUCUCUCUAUUCUCGCUGUUGCUUCCAGUGCAGCAGCUGAAGGUUGUCGGCGAGGAUUAACUUACUGUGGAAGCAGUCUCCUUGCACACGGCAACUACCAUGAGCAGAUCAACGAGGCCCUUAAGAGGGGAGGAAAGCCAACCGAUAGCCAUCAUAUUCUUGACUCGCUAUUCUUCUGCACUAGUGACGAAGAUUAUGUUGUAUGGGAGGCUAUUUGCAAACCCAGAGAGUGUUAUGAUGCCGGCCUUGGGAACUCUGAUCAUUGUAUUGGCGACCCCGAAGAGGAGGCUAAAGAACUUUAAAUCGCCGACUUAAAUAAACUGAGAGCUCAAAAGUUCAAAUCAAAACCACGAUCUUGGGGUAUGGAGCUCUGUAGCGUGCUCAAUAGCCAUCGGGGAAGAAAUACGCGAUGUUUUAUGGUGCCUUGUUUGACGACCGUCUUAUUAUAGGUUUUCCCCGAUGUAUUUAGGUUUUCCCUAUAUAUUUAUGUGAAUACAAGGACGGUCUGCGAAACCUCACUGCCGAAGCCCUUAGGAUGUAGUGACCCAUAGUUAAUGGUAUCCUCAGGCAUAGUACUUAUUCACUGAC